GUUACAGCUGACGAGUUAGAGAACGAUCUUUUGUUUUUCUCUGCUAAUMCAUUCAUCCUCGAACCRGCYAUUAUAUUCUUAUAGUGCUGUCAGACCACUGAAGCGUUUGGCGAACUGCUCCUCCUCUSUGCUUGCAUAGAGUCAUUGGAGGUUGUCACGAAWUUCUUUUASUUCCAAUAAGUUUCGGCCUUUCACCUCAAGCAAUCGAAAAACAAUGGGGAAAAACUACAUUUACCUAGUGAAUAUCUUUGUCCUAUCAGGAACUAUCCUAUUUCUAAUUCCUAUGGCUUCAUGCAGCAACAURAUUCAAACAGCRCGCGUUAGUAUGUCAAAGAUCAAAGGAACUGUCACCUUUACYCAAAGCARUGAUCCAUCCAKUUCAACUCACAUCCAAUUUGACCUGAAUGGAGUAGUUGAAGACCUACGUGUACAAGUAUACAGUCUGCCUAUGCUCUAUGAAGGAGGUCCUCAAAGAAGCUGUCGUAGUGCUGCWAUUGGUACAGUUUACAACCCUACUGACUCUGCAAGUGGAGAUUGUUCAAAGACAAACCAAAGCAAGUGUGCAGUUGGUGAUCUUUCUGGUAAGAUUGGGAACAUAAAUAAUGCAAGUGCAAAAAACAACUUCACAGAUCUUAACCUGCCUUUAAGUGGAAAAUAUAGCAUCUACAGUAGAACUCUGGUAUUCAUGACAACAUCAGGUGUUGCUAAGGCUUGUGCAUUAAUUGAUCGUAACUUUGGUCCUGGUCGCACUGCUGUUGCACAGUUUAAAGGCCCUGUUGCAGGAAGUGUGUAUUUCCGACAAGUCAUUGAAAAUGAAGUCACCUUGAUGUACGUCAACYUGUUCUUUGUGGAUAAGUCUGUGUCCCAAAAAGAGUACUUCCUUGCGAUCCAUGACAAGCCAAUCAAGGAUAAGUUUGGYCCUGAUCAAUGUUCUGAUAUUGGUGAACAAUACAAUCCAUUCAAAAUCACUAGUCUAASUAACUGUAAAAAGACAAACCAUGCUGGUUGCCCUGUUGGUGACCUUAAAACAAAAGAUGGAUAYRUGAAUGUGACAAGUGCAACUUCWGGUCUUUCAUCCACRCAAGUUGCUUACACAGAUGCAAAUUUACCUAUUAAUGGCAACAAAGCAGUCAUUGGYCAUUCUUUAGUGUUGUACAGUCGAGAUGCUCCCUCUAAACCUGUUGCAUGUGCAAAUAUUUCAGAAGUAUUGCGUAAAGUAGCCAAGGCCAUUUUUGAUGCUGAUACUGCUGAUGGUGUCUUUGGAUUUUUCAUAUUCAGACAGCCUUCUCCUUUUGAUGCAACUGAUGUGCAAUUUGAAAUGUCUAACUUGAGAAAGAAAGCYGAGGGUUUCCAUGUWCAUGAAUAUCCUAAUCCAGURUACCARCACAUCAAGGAUAAUAAGGUGGCUUGUAGUCUCGCUGUAGCAGGAGAUCAUCUWAAUCCUUAUCGUAUUGACCCAAGCAAAAGCCCUCCAAAUGGCAUUGGUACAUUUGAUGAGUAUGAAAUAGGGGAUCUAUCAGCAAAAUAUGGCUCCUUCUUAAAUCUUAAUAACCGUAAUGGCAGGUACACUGACUACAACUUGCCAUUGUAUGGCAGAUAUAGUAUUAUUGGUCGUUCUUUGGUCGUCCACCAUCUCAAAAAGGAUGGAAACAAGAGRUGGAUUUGUGUAAAUGUUAAUCUGAGAUCUGCAAGCUCAAUUACAUUCAAUGCUGGAUCACUUGUUGACAUAACGAAACCAACACCAAACAUUACAGUGCUAAGCCAUUUUACUGGUCCUGACAUUACGGGAGAUAUCAUGAUGAGACAGUACCAAGUACCACUUGGUUUCACUACUGCAGCUCCUUUUGACACAGAGAUGUAUCUUAACUUGUCACUCAAAAGUGGAGAAAAAACACUAAAUCAUAAUUGGCAUGUCCACGAGAAGCUUGUUGGUGAUGAUAUGAGAAAGGGUGUGUCAUCUGGUAGAUGCGAUAGUCCAGGACCUCACUACAACCCUUAUGUUGUGUAUGUUGAGGGUAACUAUAAAGCUACAUGCACACCUGAUAACCCUCUUCGCUGCGAACUGGGUGACUCCUCAGCAAAGAAUGCKCAGUAUUCUCUAGGCUCUGGACCACGAUUCUACACUGAUGUUGAUACACCAUUGUCUGGUACAUAUUCAGUUGUUAAAAGAAGCAUUGUGGUACAUGUCAAGAAUGGAGGACCUGAGCGACAAGGAUGCGCAGAUAUCGAACCCUACCCCAAAGCGGUAGUGGUACCGCAAGGACAUGCGGCCCACGUGACUGCUCUACUGUCACAUGUUGCACUAUCAAUACUGGCACUGCUGUUGUUGGCUUAACGAAACAACGUUGUAGAGAUGGAUUAGUAGCGAGUCAUUUUGAAUCUCCAAAUAUAGAAAUAAACAACGAAAUAAUAAAAUAAUUUCGGUAAUAGUGACUGAGUGGACGCACUAAAUACGUUUAAAACACAAGGAUAGUGAGUAGAGUGCAUGUCAUAAAUGUGUGAAACAAUAGCGUAACUAUUUUUUGGGCGUAUCGGUAUUAAGUUGCAUAGCUGCUAACUUCGUAGUUAUUUUCUUCAUAUAAGAAUUGAUUCAGGCGUAAAAACAAAGACACAAAGAAAUCAA